AUGGACACCCUCCUGUUAGUUUCUUCCAUAUUUGUGCCCACCAUCAUCACCAUCUUCUUUCUGCACCAUUUUUUCAUCCAAAAAUCAAGCAUUCCAGGCAGUUAUGGCUGGCCACUCAUCGGUGAAAGCAUCGAUUACUUCAACAAGCUUCGCAGCGGCACCAACGAGAAGUUUGUCAUGCAACGAAAAAAGCUAUUUGGGAACGUUUUCAAGACGUCGAUCCUUGGCGAGAAAAUGGCCUUCUUCUGCGGCCCUGAAGGCAACAAGUUCUUGUUCUCUAAUGAAAACAAGCUUGUUGAAGUAUGGUGGCCGAGUUCAGUCGAGAGUAUCAUCAAGAAAUCGAAUAACAAGUCGGUGACAGCCGAAUCCGCCAAGGUCCGACAGCUGUUGCCGCCGUUCUUGAGAGCUCAUGCCGUUAAAAACUAUAUUGCGGACAUGGAUUCCGAGUUGAGACAGCAUUUGGAGGAUUACUGGAGCGGCCACGAUCAGGUCGAGGUUUGUCCGUUCGUCGCAAAGUACACGUUUGCAUUGGCGGUAAAGUUGCUUUUAGGUGUGCGAGAUGGGACAGAGUUAGAGAAGCUUGCAAAGCCGUUUGUGGAGGCCGCGGGUGGAAUCAUAGCGAUUCCGAUUAACAUUCCCGGAACAAGGUUCAACCGAGGAGUUAAAGCAUCAAAUCAAAUUAGGGAAGUCAUUAACGGCAUAAUCGCUCAACGAAGGAAAGACCUUGCUGACGGAACCGCAAGUCCAUCUCAGGAUCUGCUUUCUCACAUGAUCGCCGAAGUCGAUAAACGGAAUGAGGAAUCCGACGGUGCUCCCACCACCGACGGUGACAUGUCUAGCGACCUGCUAGGGUUGCUCAUUGGUGGCUACGACACCAUCAACACCACGGUCGUGUUCAUUAUGAUGAUGCUCGUCGAUCACCCCGACGUGUACCAAGCAGUCCUAAAAGAGCAAAUGGAGAUAGCGAAGGCGAAACCAACGGGCGAACUGUUGAACUGGGACGACCUUCGUAAAAUGAAAUACUCCUGGAACGUCGCGUGUGAAGUGCUGAGGAUGCGGCCACCGACCGUUGGCGCUUUCCGAGUCGCGAAAACCGAUUUCACGUAUGCCGGUUUCAAAAUUCCGAAAGGGUGGAAGCUACAUUACAUCCCACAUUUCACUCAACGGAACUCGGAGUACUUUCCAAAUCCAGAGAAAUUCGACCCGUCAAGAUUCGAAGGAGCGGGACCAGCACCUUACACGUUCGUGCCGUUCGGGGGCGGUGCAAGGAUGUGCCCUGGCAACGAAUAUGCCAGGGCAGAAAUACUGGUGUUUAUGUAUAACAUAAUCACCAGAUACAAUUGGCAGAGGUUAAUUCCAGAUGAAAAGGUGGUCAUAGACCCACUUCCAAGGCCAGUUCAUGGACUCCCAAUUAAGCUCAUUCCUCAUAACACCAUAACUUAA